GGCCAGCGUGCCAUCGUCGCCAGUCAAGUUGUAACUUUCUACGAAAGCAGAUGAGCAGCAGGACGUACAACAAUAGAAAACGUUCGAAAUGAAAGUUGUUACUUGCAUUGCACCAGUCAAUAUGGCUGUUAUUAAAUAUUGGGGAAAGCGUAAUGACGAGUUAAUUCUACCCAUAAACGACUCAAUAAGCUGUACACUUUCAAUGGAACACAUGAAUGCAAAAACAACAAUAGCUGUAAGCCCAGACUUUACCGAAUCUCAAUUCUGGCUGAACGGCGUCGAACAAUCAAUGGACAACAAGCGAUUUCAAAACUGUGUGAAUGAAUUAAAACGUCAAUCAAAAGAAACCGAUAUGUUAUCCUGGUGCAUACGAAUCUGCUCCGAAAACAACUUCCCCACCGCCGCUGGCCUUGCAUCCUCUGCUGCCGGCUACGCUUGUUUAGUCAAAGCGCUAGCAACAAUCUACAACGUCACAACAGACUUAUCAUCAAUCGCCCGACAGGGUUCAGGCAGUGCAUGUAGAAGUAUUCAUUCUGGCUGGGUCCAAUGGCAUAAAGGCAUUCUUAAUUCCGGUGAAGAUUCCAUCGCUACACAACUCUACGAUGAUUUACACUGGCCAGAAAUGCGAAUUUUAGUUCUAGUCAUCAACGACUCAAGGAAAAAAUACAGUUCAACGUCAGGAAUGAAACAGAGCGUGUUAACUUCGGAAUUUCUAAAACAUCGCGCUUCUGAAAUAGUCCCACAACGUAUAUCCGACAUGAAAGAUGCUAUACAUCGUAAAGAUUUUCAUAAAUUCGCUGAAAUUACAAUGCAGGAUUCCAAUCAGUUUCACGCGGUUUGUUUAGAUACAUUUCCACCGUGUGUCUAUUUAAAUGACACAUCGCACGCGGUGAUAAAUUUAAUCCAUGCGUAUAAUGCGUUCAGGGGACGUAACAAAGUAGCUUAUACCUUUGAUGCCGGUCCAAAUGCAUGUCUAUUUUUGCUGGAGGAAGAUGUUGAAGAAGUGUUAGCAGUUGUGAAUCAUUGUUUUCCAACUGAAAAGCCCACUGAAGAUUAUUACAGAGGAAUUGAGGUUUCAGAGGGUAGUUUUCCGGUUGGUUUAGACGCGCCUGUAAUGGAAACUGAUUGUUUGAAGUAUAUUAUUUGUACUAAACCAGGAGAAGGUGCUAAUGAGAUACAUUCUGGGCAUUUGUUGAAUGAUCAGGGGUUGCCAAGUACUUAAAACGAUAUCAGGACUUUAACAAGACAAUACAAGACAAUAAUUACCUAGUAGUAAUUUCGUAACAUUUAUUUUUAUAAUAGUCUACCCAUGAUUUGACUUUUUUACAUUUUAUCAGCUAGUUGGAGGAUUUAUGUUGAUGCCU